UUUAAAAUGGAUUUCAAUUUUUCAUUUUUCCUGCCAUGUAUAUUGAUGAUCCUGACCAUUAGUGGCAAGACUUGUGCUGCCAAUAAUUUAACCACUCAGAAUAAUUUCUCAGAAACACAAGUAUUGCAAGAUAAUCGAUCAGGGAAAGGAGACGUAAACUGUGUACACACCUGCCUUGGAAACGAGACAUCUUUUCUUUGCAUGUGUGAUCUGCUUCCAACUGUUCACAUUCAUUGUUUGCCUAAUGGAAAAAUCAGCCUGUUGUGUGAAACAGGUGGCCAAUUCAAUGACAAUGUUCAUUGGACUCUGAAUGGAAAUCCUGUAAGUGAUGGCUGUAUCAAGGAUAAUGGCACUAGAAUUAUUUUGGAAAAAGGUAAACAUGGCAAGUACGUUUGCCAAAAAGGAAAUCACUGUAAGAGUUCUCCUGUUGAAAUGAAAUGUGAUAACGGGGAUCUGCUGCAAAAUCCACUCUUCCUGUAUGUCCUAACAGCCUGUGGAGGUGGUGCAGUUUUGCUAGCCGUCACAGCCUCACUGAUCACAUGUUGCUGCAUGAAAACCAAGCACAACUUUGUUCGGGUCCCUGUGGAAGACGAAAAGGAUGAGGGCAUAACCAUGUCUGCCAUUUCUAGUGAAAGACCAAAUCCUCCUCCUAAUGGAGACCAUUGUGAAAUUACAGAUGUUCUUGUUGAUAGUACUCCCAAUACUAGUGCACAAACCUGUGAAACUUUCAAACCGGACCAUAAGGAGGAUCCAAAUCCUCCAGUGGGACCUGAGGUGAAAUCAGAAUGCAGAAAAGAGGAGAAAGUGGGGACAGAAACAGAGUUCCAAGAGGACACAAUUGACAAUGCAGCCCAGGAAGUUAUAGACGACUGUUUUCCUGAUCCUAUUGUUGCUUGAUCCAGUGUGCUCCUUUUCCCUUCUCCAAGUCUGGGGAACUGGGGCUUCUUCAUUCCAAGCUUUCUCAGAAUAGUAUAAUGUCCUUUAUAAAUUACUUACCUGCUAAUAGCAUAAGUCUACAAACCAUUUGAAAUUAGCCCCAAAUGUGGUUUUCUUCUGUGUUCCUAUUCCUAAGGGCAUUUAUAGAAAUGAUAUGGAUAUGAGAAAUCUAAAUAUCAGAUACCCUUCUCCCCAAAUUGGAAUAAUUUCUCUACCAAGUUAAUGUUUGGCCUUCAAGUCCCCAAGAUUCCUAGUUCAUCUUAAGUAGACAUACAAAUGAUGAAAUUCUUUUGAGGAAUUCUAGCUCUUUUUACAUUGAAAUCAGAAUCAAGAAUUCUGUAGAAAAUUCUAGAGCUGGUUUUAAGCUUCCUUGCUGAAAUGUUUAGCUGUUGCAGAUUUUUGUGAUUAAACAUGUCUAUUUUACUUCUGUGCUAAGUGUUUACAUGAACCAAAACUGGUUCUUGAACCACAAAAUCCAGGGGUUAGCAGCAGGCUCCUUAAGCUACACAGGAUGUUCUCAAACUGCCUAUGACAUUUUGGGUGUUCUGCAUCCUCUUUCAACAGCAGUCCAUACACCGAUGUUUGGGCCCACAAUUUUCAAAAGCCAUCUGAAUUAUGAACAAAAACCCUUUCACCACAUUUUUAUAACGCUGAGGGUGAGGAUUCUAAUCAUAUAUUUCUCUUGAACAUUUGAAGAGAAUUAUGCAAAAGUAUUUUUCUAUACAUACUCUAGCUCUUAAUGUGUGACUAACAGGUAGAGAAUAACAGAGCAAUUCCCUCACCGCUGUUUUUGCAGAUGAUACUAUCAUCUUAAAUCCACUUUUCAGCAAUAUUUUCAUAAUUGUUCUCAUCUUUAUUUAAGAUGUGCUUUGUGUUUGUUUUAAAAAUAAAGAGUAGGUAUCUUGUGACUCUUGUUGAAUGUGAGAAAUGUUUAUAGAAGGUGCCCUACUGUGGAAUUUUGUGAACAAGUUUAUGCAAGAAGGUAAGACUUCUAGUUACAAUAGCUACCGGUACGAACAGCUUAAAGGACCGGUGCUUCAUGCUUCUAAAACCAUCCUCCAUUUUCUGAAGGGCAAAACCAAGAGAAGUAAUUGCCCCCAUAUUGUCUUGUGUAUUUUCUGUAAAUGUCAGAUCAACCACUGUGGCAACUAUGAUGCUGAACAUGUUUGACCAUUGAUCUAAAUCAGCAACAAUUUUAUGCUGAUCUUGCCAUAAGAAAAAAAAAAGAAUUAAAGCUUUUAUUUUUUUAAAUGACAUAGGCUUUAAUUUCAUGAAAACCUGAAACUAAGGCUUAAAACUCUUCCUUUCAGGGAACAAAAAUUUUCCAACUGCUUAGUCUGCUAUCAAAAAAGAAAUGCAGGAGUGUCUACUAUAGUAUGAAUUGGCUGUAGGUGUUUCCAGUGCACUUAAAAAAAAGAAAACAACCAAACAAUUUGGUGAUGACAAAUACAGCUUUGGCAUCUACUAUAACCAUCAUUUAAAGCAUUGUACACUGAAAGAUUUUAAGAAUAAUAAACAAGAGGCAGAAUAAAGCUGUUUUUUUCCCUUCUACUUUAUUGCCAUCCAACCCUUUCUAGGGGCUAAAUGUUUAUGCUUUUUCUUUUCAGAAAAACAUGGUAUGUAAACAGGACAUGUAAUAAUAGUUACCUUGAUUGCAAAGUGUAUUGUACCACUUGUAUAUAGUUGCAGGAUUUUCUUUUUUAUCUUCCUAAAGGCUUUAAGGUAGAUUUGGCCAGGCUCAUUGGGGGGUUAUACAAUUAAGAGUAUUAAUUAGGAAAAAGUAACUAAAUCAAAAUGAAAGUACUCUGGUGAUACACAUUUUUAGAGGACCCCUUGGACAAUAAAACAGACACUUCCUGCUUUUUGAAUGAGGAGCAUCUUUACUACACCAAAGAAGAUGCAAAGAACACCCAGGCACGAGGUAGCUUUGUAUAUUCUGUUGAAUAGCUAUAGCUUGCUGCUUUGCUCAAUUCCCUCCCCCUUACCUUAUAUUGCAAUAAUACAA